AUGGUCAACAAGGAAGAGGCGCUGCGCCUGAAGGAAAUCGGAAACAAGUGCUUCCAGGAAGGGAAGUUUGACGAAGCCGUGACUCACUUUACGAACGCAAUUAAGAACGACCCACAGGACCAUGUGCUACACUCCAACCUGUCGGGGGCGUACGCAAGUCUGGGGAGGUUCUAUGAAGCCCUGGAGAGCGCAAACAAGUGCAUAAGUUUAAAGAAAGAUUGGCCAAAAGGAUACAUAAGGAAAGGGUGUGCAGAACAUGGACUGAGGCAACUUGACAACGCGGAAAAGACAUAUCUCGAAGGACUCCAAAUAGACCCAAAUAACAAAUCCUUAAAAGAUGCCCUAGAAAAUGUGAGGAAGGAAAAGCUGGCAGAAAACAUGGAAUACAUUAAUCACAUAAAUACGAUUAUUCAAAAUGACGCCAACUUAAAAUCGUACAAGGAAGAAAAUGCAAAUUACCCAAAUGAACUUUUAAACACCAUAAAGGCCAUCAAUGCAAAUCCAAUGAACAUUCGAUACAUACUCUCCUCCUGCGAUAAGAAGAUAAGCGAAGGAGUGGAGAAAUUUUUUGGCAUAAAAUUUAAUGAAGACUCGGCAUAUAAUGAAGAAAGGCAGAGAAGAAUAGAAGAAGAAGAAAGGAAAAAAAAAAAACAACAAGAGAAGGAAGAAGAAGAAAGGAAAAAAAAAAAUCGAUCACCAGAAGAAAUACAAGGUGAUGAACAUAAACAGAAAGGAAAUGAAUUUUACAAACAGAAAAAAUUUGAAGAAGCUCUGCAAGAAUACGAUGAAGCUAUUAAGAUAAACCCAAAUGAUAUUAUGUACUAUUAUAACAAAGCGGCAGUAUAUAUGGAGAUGAAACAACUCGAUAAAGCCAUCGAAACCUGUCUGUACGCUAUAGAAAAUAGGUACAAUUUUAAGGCCGAUUUUGCUCAAGUAGCAAAGGUGUAUAAUCGACUAGCCAUCAGCUAUGCCAACAUGAAGAAUUACGAUAAAGCUAUCGAGGCUUAUAGAAAGUCGCUCGUUGAAGAUAACAACAGAGCUACGAGAAACGCCCUAAAAGAACUGGAAAGGAAAAAAGAAAAAGAAGAAAGGGAAGCCUAUAUCGAUCCCGAAAAAGCCGAAGAACACAAAAAUAAAGGGAAUGAAUACUUUAAAAAUAAUGACUACCCCAAUGCUAAAAAGGAAUAUGAUGAAGCUAUUAGGAGAAAUCCAAAUGACGCCAAGUUGUAUUCCAAUAGAGCUGCUGCACUGACGAAGCUGAUAGAGUAUCCAUCGGCCUUGGAAGACGUAAUGAAGGCCCUCGAACUGGAUCCCAAUUUUGUCAAGGCCUACAGCAGAAAGGGAAACCUCCACUUCUUUAUGAAGGAUUACUACAAAGCUUUGCAGGCCUACAAUAAAGGAUUGGAGCUUGACCCCAACAAUAAGGAAUGCCUCGAAGGGUACCAAAGAUGUGUGUACAAAAUUGACGAAAUGUCCAAAUCCGAAAAGGUAGAUGAAGAGCAAUUCAAGAAAUCCAUGGCCGACCCUGAAAUCCAGCAGAUCAUUUCCGACCCUCAGUUCCAGAUCAUCCUCCAGAGGCUCAACGAAAACCCGAAUUCCAUUUCGGAGUAUAUAAAGGACCCCAAGAUUUUUAACGGUCUGCAGAAGUUGAUCGCCGCGGGGAUACUGAAGGUCCGCUAG